AAGCCCCUCCCUCUCCGGCUGCCAGCAUCACAGCUGACCGGCGGAGAUGCUGUCGUCAAACCGGAGAAUAAAAUCCGGUUGAAGGACUCGUGCAGGCCUUGUCAUUCAUAGUUUGAUUCGCAAGUACGCAUAACUGCAUGGCGAUCUUGUUGACCGUGUGCCGCAAUUCAGCGCGUGUAGGACGUCGCUCAGAUUCCAAGGACACCGGCGACGUGCACGUCUGACGACUGCACGGUGGUCGCGACUUCAUCGAGUUUCAUUGACGGGGACCAGCGCCCGUUUCGACGAUGACACGUCACGAGAUGAUCGCGCCAGACAGAUGCUGCGGUGCUGCACUUGCACGGCCAUAGAUUGGGAUCUUCCCUGCCCGCUCGCUCCAUGACCAAACAGCUUUAGCGCCUCUUCCAUUUUUUUGGGGUGUGUGUGCAUACAAUGAUACCCGCCAGCGCCGCAGCAAUGUUACCGUCUGCAGAAGCUGCCAAACUGUACCAGACCAAUUACGUCCGAAACUCUCGCGUCAUCGGACUCCUGUGGGCCAUAUUCACCAUCCUGUUCGGCAUCGUGAACGUGACCAUCUUCUCGCAGCCCUAUUGGAUCGGCGAUGGCGUGGACACGCCGCAGGCCGGCUACUUCGGCCUCUUCCACUACUGCAUCGGGGACGGGAUCGCCAGGGAGCUAGCCUGCCAGGGUAGCUUCACUGAGUUCUCCGCCAUCCCGUCCAGAGCCUUCAAGGCCGCCUCGUUCUUCAUCGGGAUGUCCAUGAUGCUGGUGGUCACCUGCAUCGGAUGCUUCUCGCUCUUCUUCCUUCUCAGCACUUCCACCGUGUACAAGAUCUGUGGCUGGAUGCACGCUGCGGCAGGUGUGUGUCUGGUACUGGGCUGCAUGAUCUACCCUGAUGGCUGGGACAGCGACGAAGUGCGACGGAUGUGCGGGGAGCAGACGGACAAAUACAGCCUGGGGGCCUGCUCCAUGCGCUGGGCCUACAUCCUUGCUAUCAUGGGCAUCCUGGAUGCGCUCAUCCUCUCCUUCCUGGCUUUUGUCCUUGGAAAUCGACAGGACGGCCUCAUGACCGAGGAGUUGCUGGCUGAGAGCAAGGGCUCCUGUGGUCCACAGAGAACCAUCCCUUCAACAUCACACGACAGGAUGGAGGAGGAGCGGAAACCAGCUACUUUCCAUCAACUUUCCAAAAGCCCUCAGCCAUUGUCCCCUCCCGUUUGCUUGCAGCCCCCUUACGUCAUCCUCCAGCAUUUAGACCAAGCCGGUGUAAUACACAUUCAACCCAGAGCAACCCCCUUUGCAUAGACGGACGAACUGUGGCAAGGGUGCAGACUGUUAUGAAAUGACAGGUGUGGACUGAGCACAACCUGCAAAAACAUACAACAAAUCCAUUGCACACACGCUUACUGUACCUAACAACUCAUUUACUAUACUCUAUGUUAACGACGAUAUACGUUCCACUGUCAACAUCUGCGUCACAAUUUAUCCAGACGUGAGCAGAAUCAAUGUACAGUUGAUCAUUUUUGAUGUAAAGGUUUGACAAUGACACGAAAAAAAAAUGAUUUGGAUCAUUUGUUUGUCUUUCUCUGUUCACAUUUGAAAAAAAAUAUUCAAUGUAGAUGUAAUUAUGUACAGAAAACUGAAAAUGCUAUAGGACUCAAUUCCCUCUUAUGCCCAUCUAGCUAACUUUGCACAGUGCUUCAGCUCUGUUGUUUUUAGUAUUUAACUCUCAUAUCUACACACUGUGAUGGGGAUGUUAGAUAAGCAGGACGUUGAGCUGCCGUGUGAAUGUAUGAACGGAUGAUGGUGUGAAUGUGUCACAUUUUGUGUUUAGUACUCACACACAUGCACACAAUUUUCCAGUUGUAUCUAUUUUAAUGUGUCUUUAGCUGUGUGGAACCUUUUCUCUUUGACUCACCCCAUGAGCUAACUAGUAAGUGCAAACAGGGUAACAGGAUGCAGUGUCAUCUAAUGGUGUAGCUUAUGCGUAAAGGUCGAGAUGAAAUGGAUUUAGCUUCACCUGUCUCGUGUAAAUAGAUAUAGACAAAACCCCAUUGGGGGUAACUCACAGCAAUUUAAGAGAUUCCUUUAAUUACUGUAUAUCAAAACGUAAUAAAGAUUUUCACUCUAACACGCUUGUCUUUUUAUUUGGGCCUGAAUAUGCAUACAUUUUGUCUUAGACAAUCACACAAUACCAAAAUCUGGACAAGAAUUUAGUGGUGAUUAUAAAGGGAAAUGACUUGGUUUGGACCAGAGCACAUCACCACCAACUGCUGCUCAGUCAGCCAUGUCAUG